AAGCUGCGCAUGGCCGCCAAGGCCGUCAAUGCUUUGAGUACAAAAGAGCGCCGCGAGCGCGUCGAGGACGGCCUGCGGAUCCGAGCUCCGUACGAAGUGCCGGGCGAGGAGCCGCCCUACGAACGGGCUCGAGACGCUCCUCACGAGAUACCAGAAGAAUUGUUUUAUGAGAGGUGGUCCUUCACACCACGACCUUCGUUAGACUUAACUCGAUGGGUAGAUGUUGACGUCUGUGCAACAUUGACGCAUUGUCAUGAGUUAUCGAAGGGUGCCACAGCAACACUAAAACUAGGUAGUCGAGAUCGGGAUGGGGCGCCCGACGACUGGUCCGUGCUGCAGCUCGCCUCGACGCCUUCGUUCCUCGAUUGUAUGACGUCACUCGAUCUGAGCGGUUGUCGAGAUGUCACAGACGGUCCCUGCCGCAAGCUAGCUAAAGUGGUUUCGAGACUCACGUCUCUGGACCUGUCUAGGUGCGCAAAGCUGACCGACAAGGCGCUGCGGGGCUGGUCUCAAUCACCGUCGAUAGAAAGGCUCCAGGUCGUGAAGCUGCGAGGCCUGGCGCAGUGCACGGACGUUGGGGUGGUGGAAGUCCUCGAGAAGGCCAAGAGGUUGCGCAUUGUGGAUUUGCGAGACAUACCAGAUUGCACUGGUAGAAGCGCCAUAGCUCUAGCUGGCUGCGGUCCUGUGGAAGAGGCUCUGUUAGAUCACUGGCCGAAGCUCGACGAUGGUUCGUUGGGCCAGUUUCUAGCGAGGCUGGGCGAGCAGCACAAGUCCUCCGUGAGAGUCCUUAGUCUGAGAAAAUGUGGACUCUUGACGGAUACGUCUGGACGUUUAUUCAGCCACCACAAGAUUCUGAAGGGCUGGGUGCGCCACAAUGCGCUCACCCAUUUGAAGAGAUUAGAACUAACAGAUAACUCAAAUCUAACAGAUAAAUGGAUUGAACUGGUCACGGACGCGUGCAAGAGCCUCAAGGCGUUAAUCGUGGCGCGCUGCUCCGAGCUCUUCAAGAAGGUCGAGAGUGCGAUGAAUUUAGCUAGAUUAGUUCAUCUGAGCGAAUUAGAUGCGCAAUCUACCUCCUUAACCGACGAAGGCCUGUGCGCGUACGCGGGGAGCGUUCCCAAGGGUUCGCCGCUGCGAAAGCUCGACCUGUCUUUCUGCGCCGUAUCGGACCAAGGUCUAGGCGCCUUGGCAGCUGUUGGUGAUCGACUACGGUCGUUGAAACUAGAAGCAGUACCAGCGGUGUCGGGCGACGGCAUAAAAGCAAUUGCCGAGCGGUGCAAAGCCCUACGAGAAUUACGCUUAAUUAAAUUAGCUGGUGUCACGGACGCGUCCAUAUUACAAGUGGCGAAAAGGGUGCGGAAGCUGCGAAUUUUUGAAACGGCGCUGUGCCCCGGCGUCGGAGCUAGAGCUAUAAAAGAAAUCGCUUCCCUCAAAUUCCUGACGGCCUUGGACGUGUCGGGCUGCCAGCGCGUCGACGACGCGGCGCUGUCGAUCCUCCCAUUAUCAUUAGUAGCGCUGCGGGCCGCGUCGCUGCCGCGCGUGACGGAUCAAGCCUAUAUUCUACUGAGGGAAUGCGCCCCGAACCUAGCUUCUGUGGAUAUGCGGGACUGCGCCCAACUGACGGAACGAUCAAUCUUCGCGCUGAUGUACUGUGAAGAUCAAAUUCCCGAGAAAUGCGUUUUUUUAACGAAAGGCAUGGACGCAAAUAAAGCGAGUGUCUUGCAGCGCGUCGACUUCGGCGGUUGUGCUUCUGUCGAUCUGGAUAGAGUCCAAGCAGUAGUCAAGCGCCAUCCUUACCUGACGUGUUCGGUCGACCGCGCGCCCUUCGACGACGAAGCGGUGACGGAACGGGACUACAAGGGUCUGAUCGAUGCCUGGACCUUGCCACGUACGGGUCGAGGCCAGUCUCUGGACGACUUGCCCGAGCGACGCUCUUUGCAUUGGACCGCGUCUUCCCGAGACCUGCACCUGAGGCACUUUUGUGCGAAUGAGAGGCAGCAGUCCAUCGACGCCUGCAACCGCUGUAAAAGGCAGUACCGCGAGCGCAACGCGGAGUGGGAGCGGAAAGAAGCUCGGUUUGCCAAAUUGGUUGAGCGCGACGACGCCGCCGUUCCGUUGCAGAGUCAGUUGCGGCGACGAUUGGCCAACAGACGCGUUCAGCUCUUGUUGGAGCAGCAGGCUGCUACCAGAAUCAUAGGUAAAGCUAUUAGGAUACGAAAACGCGCGCAAUUAGCC